AUGAUAAAUUUACCUUCGUUGUGUUUGGAAAAGAUUUUCUGGUCAAUAUAUAACGAUGAAGUGUUGGAUGACGACCAGAUUAGCACGAUGAUUUAUAUGAGGAAAUCAUUAUUUAAUUGUUUAUUGGUUAAUCGGCAUUUUUGCAGACACGUUAUUCCAAUAUUAUGGCGAAACACUUUUAAUUGGCAUUUACCUUCCGCUAAAUUAGUCAUAUCAUAUCUAUGCUUUCUUUCACCGAAAGCGAGAUCUUUCCUUUCACAUCGACUAGACAUUGAUGUGAGAGGUUUAUUGAAAUAUUGUGGUAAAAAGACACCAUUCUUCAAUUACGCAUCAUACUUGAGAGAAUUAGAAUAUCGCAGCGUAUUAAAAAGUGUACAAGAAUUAUGGCCUGAAAAUCACAACACAUUGUAUACACCAGACAGCGUUGAUUAUCAGUUGUUGAUGGUUGAAGAAUUAUGUAAAAUGUUUUUGUCUCAAUGCCCCGUAUUGAUCAGAUUAGAUUUGGCAAAUGAAUCGAAAUUUCAAAAUCAUUUUAGAUUCACUCCAAUCCCAUUACAACCUCUCGCGUAUCCUUGUUUGAGUAAAUUGCGAGAAUUUAAAUUCGGUAAACAUCCUGAUCAAUUAAAAGUGUUCAACACUUUAUCAAAAUUUUGUCAUAACAUUGAAAUAAUACAAUUGAGCAUUUUUAAUCAUCAUGAUCCUACUUUUCAAUUUGAUGGGUCACUUUACGAGGGAAUUCAUGAACUUAUAAUUUCUCAAAGGUAUUUAAGAGAAUUCAUUUGUUCUUUUGCUCAAAAAGGUUUCUUAUCCGUUAUCGGUCCCGCUCUCUUGGAAAAAUCAUCAACUUUACGAGAUAUUACCUUUCAUGGUUGUGAUCUUCUUGAAGAUGAACAUCCCUUUGACGCUUUGAUAGAUCGUUGUAAUCUUUCAUCAUUGACCCUGAUCGAUUGUAAAAAUCUUCAAGGAUCUCACUUUUCUCCUUUAACUCUCUCGAUCGAUAAUAAAUCCACCUUUACAAAAAAAUUAUUACCCUUAAGUUUAAAUAUCGCAUUUAACAUUCCAUUACAAUGUACAUACAUAAAAUCCAUUUUACCACCUCAUAACUUUUAUUUAACGAGACUUUUACUUAACGAUAUAAUACAACAACCAUGUUCAUUAAUCGAUCACGUAUCGACGUAUUGUCCUAAUUUAAUCCAUUUUAGGGCAAAUAUUUCGACUUGCAUUUUACCCCAAAUUCCUUCAUUUUUCAAAUCAUUGAACAAAUUAGAAAUAAUUGAAUUAAAUAAUGAAAAAUUAAUUUACGAAAAUUUGGUUCCUACUUUAAUCACAAAUGAGUUGGCGAUAGAAAUUUCCGAAUCCAUACCGAAUUCUUUAUAUAAUUUCACCUUUUUAUUGAUGGCAGUAUUUACUAGUCAAAGUCUUUCUCUAUUUCUUGAACGAUUGGAUGAAAGGGUCGAUUUAGAAGAAUGGAUGAGCGAUAAUAUAUAUUUCAAAUUUUUUGGAAAUUUUGAGUGUACAAGGUACUUGGACGAUGGAAAUUCCCGCGUUUACCCUACUUAUGUGGAAUCUGAUGAUUAA